AUGAAAGUCACAGCCGCGUUCGUUUUGUUGGGUCUGUUGGCCGUCGGUGGCAGUGCCGAGUGGAUCGACAUCGAUUGGUCGCAGGUGAAGCCGAUCGACGAGUUCGAUCACUACUGGAGCCGGCUGCCGGCCGAAUUGCAAGUGUAUCGCCACGCAGCUCCUUCCCAUCGUAUCGUCAACGGAGCCGAGGCUCUGCCCGGCCAGUUCCCGUACCAGGUGGCUCUGCUUAGUACCUUUGGCGCUGGACAGGGUCUGUGCGGUGCGACAGUCAUCACGAACAACUACAUCCUGACGGCGGCUCACUGUGUCGUUGGAGGAAAUGGUGCGCUGGCCACCGGUGGAACGGCCAUCCUGGGGGCUCACAAUCGCAUCAACGUGGAACCGACUCAGCAGCGCAUCGCCUUUACCCAGGCCGGUAUUGCCGUACAUCCGGGCUAUGAUGCGUCGACGAUCCGCAACGAUAUCGCUACGGUUCGCUUGAACAGCCCAGCCCAGUUCAAUGAUCGCGUGCAGCCCAUCCGUCUGCCAGCUCGUUCCGAUGGUCGUACGUUCGCUGGAAUGGAGGGAACCGCUUCCGGAUUCGGUCGUACGUCCGAUGCCAGCACCGCCACCUCUCCCGUCGUUAUGUUCACGCGCAACCCGAUCCUCUCGAACGCUCAGUGCAACUCGUUCUGGAGUACGGCGGUGGUGCAGGAUCAGAACGUGUGCCUCGAUGCGACCGGUGGACGCUCGCCCUGCAACGGUGACUCCGGUGGUCCGCUCGCUGUCCAGGAUGGUGGCAGCAGCCUGGAGGUUGGAAUUGCUUCGUUCGUUUCGGCCGCCGGUUGUGCAUCCGGUGCACCCUCGGUCUGGGUACGCGUCUCGUUCUUCCGGGACUGGAUCGAGCAGAACUCGGACUUUGUGUUCGGAGCAUAA